AUGGCCCUCUUCUACACUCCCCUCCCCUUCCACCCCGGCGAAAUCUCCCUCCACUACAAACUCCACAUUUCCCAGAAUCCAGAUUUCGAAAAUCCCACAAUCCCCCACCUCUCUCCUCUCCUCUCGCGCCAACUCCAAAUUUCUCCUCUCAUUGCUUUGGGAACAAUUGAUUGUCAGGGUUGGCCUGUUACGACGUUACUUGGUAAAAGUAGUGGUGGUGGUGAAAGGAAAGAAGAAGGGGAAGAAGAACCUCUUGCGCAACCGCUGGGGAGGAAUGGGGUUAUGGGGAUUAAGGCGCAGGUGGAGGGAUUGUGGGAUCCUGUUGUGGAGGUUUUGGUUGGGGGGAAGGGAGAUGGAGAUGGUGGAAGUGGAAGGGGAAGUGAGAAGGUUGUGGUGAGGAGGGAGGAGGAAGGAAAGGGGAGGAUGAUUAGUGGGUUGACGAUUGAUUUGGAGAGGAGGAAACGAGUGAAAUUUUUUGGGAGGAUGGUUGUUGGGGCGUUGGGUUGGAGGAGAAGGGAGGGGGAGGGGGAUGAUGAUGGGAGAGAGGAAUCGAUUGCGGAAAUGCAGCUGGUUUUGAAGGUGGAGCAGAGUCUAGGAAACUGCCCCAAAUACCUAAACAAACGCCACAUCAAGCCCGCGAUCUCAAAACCAGAAUUACUCUCCACCUCAACACACUUGUCUCUCCACGCACUACAGCUCAUCAGCAAAGCCGAUCUCUUCUUCAUAUCCAGCGCCAACAACAACUCGGACAUGGACACCAACCACCGCGGAGGCCCCACCGGUUUCCUUCGCGUGGCAUCCCACGACGACGAAAAUAAUUCUGAAUCAGCUACGGUAUUAUGCUGGCCCGAAUACUCUGGAAACAGACUCUAUCAAACUCUCGGAAAUCUCGCCAUUUAUCCCAAAGCAGGACUCUGUAUUCCGGAUUUUGACACGGGGGAUUGUCUUUAUUUGAGCGGUACGACGGAAAUACUUGUGGGCUCUGCUGCAGAGGAAUUUUUACCACAUUCGAAUCUCUGUGUGAAAUUUUCUGUUGUUUCACUUCGACUCGUGGAGCAUGCGUUGCCUUUUCGUGGGGUUUUGGGUGAGAAGUCGAUUUAUCAUCCGAGGGUUCGACGACUUGCUAAGGAAAGAUUUGCUGCUGCUGCUUCUGCUACCACUACUGGGGAACUGCAGCAGCAACAACAAGAACAACAAGCGACUCUCCUCCACCAGACAAAACUCACUCCAACAAUUUCUCGCUUCAGAUUCCGUCUCCAUCAACCAAACACUUCUACCUCCCCAACCGCGGCUUCUACCUAUCAACCCGGUCAAUACAUCACCUUGGAUUUCUCCUCUCACUUGAACAUCGGAUACUCACAUAUGCGCGACGACGACCCUCGUAGUUUGAAUGAUGAUUUUGUUCGGACUUUUACUGUUUCGGGUUUUUAUCAGCAGCACCAGCACCAACACCAGCAGCAGGACCAGCAACAGCAGCAAGAGCAGCAGAAGGAAGAAGCUUUAGGGAAGUGUGGUGAUGAAUUUGAAAUUACCAUCCGAAAAGUCGGAGGAGGAGUCGUGACGAAUUUUUUGUGGGGGUAUGGUGAUGAUGAAUCACAUCAAAAAGAGAAUCAAUACAGACGAGAAAAAGAAAAAGAAGGAGAACAUUUAGUUAUUGAUGUCAGAGGUUUUGGAGGAGGAGAAUUUCCCAUUUUCCAGCAAGAAGAGCAGCAAUAUCAACAAGAGCAACAAAAGAAAACUCCUACAAAGACGGAAAAGAAAAGAAGAAUUUUCAUCGCAGCAGGAAUUGGAAUUACGCCCAUAAUUCCUUUUUUGUCAACUUCUUCUUCUUCUUCUUCUUCUUCUUCUUCUUUUUUACAUCUAAAUCUCAAAAUCCUCUGGACAGUCAAAAUGGAAGAUUUGGCUUUUGUUUGGGAUGUUGUUGAAGAAGUGGCACAAUUGGAAAUGGGACAAGAAGAAGAAGGAUUGUCGAAGGAGGAGAAGAAAGAGAAGAAGAAAAAAGGAAAAGGGAAAAGGGAUUAG